AGCUCAGGCCUGAAGCUGUGUCGUAUCAGUCGACAUGUCUUGAGGGCUCGACACGUAGCCGGAAGUAGAAAUUAAUCAAGAUGGCGAACACAAUUAUGUUUGUGCAAUCUAUUCUGCUUCUUUUGUGUAUUUACGCAAGUAUUACAAAUGCAGAGAGCAAAAAAGAGGAUUCCCUCUCUGAGAAGGUACAGCAGAUGGUAGACUGGAAUAGCAAGAAGUCCAUUAUCCGACUGAAUGCGGACAAGUUCAAGCAGUAUGUACGGGGCAGUCCCAAGAACUAUUCUGUGGUUGUCAUGCUUACUGCUCUCCAGCCACAAAGGCAGUGUUCUGUCUGCAAACAAGCCAGUGAUGAGUUCACCAUCUUGGCCAACUCGUGGCGGUACUCCCAGCAGUUCUCCAACAGACUCUUCUUUGCCAUGGUGGACUUUGAUGAGGGAGGGGACAUCUUCCAAUCGUUGAAGAUCAACACUGCACCAGUCUUCAUGCACUUCCCAGCCAAGGGCAAGCCCAAAAAGGCUGACACCAUGGAUAUACACAGAGUAGGCUUUGCUGCUGAGCAAAUUGCAAGAUGGGUCCAGGAGAGAACAGACAUCCAGGUUCGCAUCUUCCGUCCCCCGAACUACUCGGGCACUCUGGCCCUGGCUCUGCUUUUCUCCCUGGUGGGCGGGCUGCUGUACCUCAAGAGAAACAACCUGGAGUUCCUGUACAACAGGACCUUCUGGGGGAUCAGUGCUCUGACAGUCAUAUUUGCGAUGACAUCGGGGCAAAUGUGGAACCAUAUCAGAGGGCCGCCAGUGAUGCACAAGAACCCCAGCACUGGAGCCAUUAAUUACAUUCACGGCAGCAGCCAGGGCCAGUUUGUAGCGGAGACCUACAUGGUCAUGUUGCUCAAUGCUGCCAUUGUUGUUGGGAUCAUUCUCAUGACUGAGGCAAACUCCAUGAAAGGAGAUGCAGGCAAAAAGAGAGUGUUUGCGCUAGUCGGACUGGGCUGUGUGGCCAUAUUCUUCAGUCUUCUACUGUCCAUCUUUAGAUCUAAAUAUCAUGGGUAUCCAUACAGUUUCCUCAUGAAGUGAAGAAUCCAGCCCAUACCCUAGGAAAUAAGAAAUUUGCAAUCAUGGUCUUUGUGAUUUUUAAGUUAUAUUUUGAUAAAAAAGAGGGAAAUCAUCCUAAUAGUCGAUUUUAUCUCAUUGUUGUGUGCUGAAGAUUUUGUUUAUGUAAGCUGCAUGCUGGGUAAAGAGGGCUUAAUGCAUGUGUGAAAAUAUUUCCCAGUUUACUCUGUGUUGUAGGCACAGGCUUUCCACUUGUAUAGAAAUUUUGGUUUAUAGAAAUUCUUUUCUAACAAAAAUUCCGUUGAGGAUUCAAUUGUUAGCAAGAUUAGCGUGUGAGGACUGCAUAGGCUAAUCUGAUAAGAUACCCUACCCACAUGCUGUAAGCCUAGUUUUCCCAGAACGGGCCUCAUUUUAAAUGUUGAUUGAAAUAUUUAGUGGUUUUUACUACUGUUAUGAAAUAGGUAUUGUUUCCUUAAAGAUGUAUUAUGAGGUCUGUUCCAUAGUUACUGUUUAUAGAUUUAGAGUUUAUACUGUUUAUAGAAUGAGACUUAACACAUGUCUUAAACAAAUUUGAAAGCCAUUUUAGGUAAAGGAGGUUUGAUAGUAUUUUUUUUAAAUAUUACACUUAUUUUCUAAUGUAUAAAUUGUGCUUGUUUGUGUAGGUUUUCAAAAAUAAAUUUUCAUACCUUUAAUUUUAUUAAGUGACUCAAAUAAUUGCCUUUGAUUCAUGUAAGCUUAUUUUCCAUACAACAUUAUGUAUAUAAUUCGUGGCAGGUAAAUGUGAAUAUGUCUAUGUGAUGUUUCCAAUUUGGUUUGGGAACACUAACAUGUGAAUGUGGUUACCAUUGUUAUACCCACUUGGGUGGUGAAUGCUGGCUAAGAAUGUCAAUAAAACAGGAGUGAAUCAGUCAUAGCCAUGCACAUUUUAGAAUGUAAGCACCUGAAAAGCUACACUUGCUGAUUAUGGCAAUCUUAAUAGAUCCUUAUCUUAUGGUUUAAUGAAAACUUUUCAGUCUUGAAAUGUCAAAUGCCGCUCUUCUUGUUUAAAAAAAAUAAAAUUGUUUGAACGUUUCAAGGCAUUACUUUAUGGUUAAGUCCCCCAAAAAGGUUGAUCAAACAAAAUGUGUUAUGAAACAGUGGUUAAGGCCUUAGUAUUGUGUUUUAAUUCAAAUGAUAACAAAAUGACACCUACGACUUUGAUUGUUUUUAGCACCAUGCAUUUCUAAAACGGGAACAAACAUUUUGAUUAAAAUAUCUUCCUUAUUGUGUAAGGAAAAUAAGCACUAUCAUAUCAAUUUGGGCAUGUCUGUUUUGUGUAAAUAAUCAACGCCAACCUUAUUUAUGGACAGCAGUGUUAAUUACAUUCCUCAUAUGUCAUGUAUUGCAAUGUUUAUGUAUCGGUAUCUUGUGUUAUCUUCAAUUCUAUCACGAAAUGCAAAUAAAGAAUUUUAUGUUU